UUUGUUGGCAGUUAUGGUGUUAUAUCUGUACCAUAGGUGACGGAUUGACAGCCUCUAACUAGCAAUGAUAGGUACCUGGUGGCUGCAAUUGAUGGGGUCUCUGAGAAAAUGACUGUGCAGGAUAUCUGUGAUCUAAUAUGGGAUGUACGCAUUCAAGACAGUGAAAAAUCAGAAUCCGUUUCUACCAACACAAAAUUGUUGGCUGUGUGGAAGGCUAUGUGGCAGUUCAUGUGCAUUUGUAGUUUGUUUUGAAAACAUUAAAUAGACCAUUAAUUGUUUUUUUGGUAUUGUGCUGAUUGUUUUGUCUUGAUGAAUGUUAAAUGGGUGAAACAUGCAUAGGUUCAGUCAUUGGUUGAUUAUGAUAUUGUUAGCUUCGGUUGAUAGAAACCAAGGCUAAAGAUGGAUUUAGUAUUAGUUGACAUUAACUGAGGUGAAAAACUAGAUUUAGCCUCGGUUAUUGAGAAAUGAGGUUAAAAGCCGAAUUUGACCUCGGUUGAUGCUAAAAGAGGCUAAAUCCAUCUUUAGCUUUGGUUUUGCCUCAGUUACCCAAACUGAGGCUGCAACUCCCGUGGCUAAAGGCUUUAGCCUCGGUUGUAGAAAACUAAGGUUAAAAAUAGAUUUAGCUUCGGUUGGAGGCAACCAAGGCUAAAAUUUGGAUUUAGUCUUAGUUGGAACUUUUAGCUUCACUUGAAGAACCGAGAUUAUAAAAGCUUUUUUAGCCUCGGUUGCUAAAACCAAGGCUAAAGCCUUUAGCCAUGGAGGUUCCGACCUCGGUUAGGAUAAUUGAGGCAAAAAUGAGGCUAAAGGCUUUAGGCUCACUUUUUAUGCUUUUUAGUUACAGUUUUGAACUGAAGCUAAGGGCAGUUUUUGUUGUAGUGACAGUAGCAAGUAAGAAGGGAUGCAAACCACGUAACAACGAGACUACAUUUCAUCUUAUCCUCUUGAUUUCGGAAAACCAUGACCAAGGAAUCAGUUGUUAUUGCUGGUCUCCUUGGAGAUAUUUUCUCCCUAAUUCACAAUAUCUUGGAGACCAGGGUAUCGGUUGUUAUUGCUGGUAAAUGCUUGAGACUUCUGGUUUUCCUGAACACAAUGUCACAUGCAAGUGAAUGUCAGGAAGAUGUUAUGGGCAUGCUUGGUCAGUGGAAUUGAAUGGUAUUGAAUUAUAUUAGAUGGGAUUAACAUUAUUAUUGCACAAUAAUUGCAUGUCAGGAAAUAUCAUAGUAUUGUAGCCACCCAAUACCAUAUUUGGGAUAAAAAUUUUGCUAGGGGAAAACACCGGAUUAAGCAAAAUCAUGUUUCGUGGACCAUUGAAUUGUAAUCAACGGACCAAAUUCACAAUGGGUGUCGUUCAAUUGUACACAUGUAUAACCAGAAUGUCACAUGUAAAUGAUGUAUAUGGAUGGAUGGCAUGGAUAAACGCAUGCAUCAAUGUAGGGCCCACAUGUG